GAUACACGGAACAAAAAUACCGUCGAACUGUCUCAGCGGUCCGUGCCUUAAAUCUUCCCCCAGUAGUCACACGCGUGGCAGACAUUCACUUAUAUCAGCGAAUAUGCCGAAGGCAGCCAAAGGGAAGGGACAGGUGGAGAAGAAGGCUAUUCACCCAUACAGCAGGAAAGCCGCAUAUUUAGCGAGUGCUGCCAUCAAACAACAGAGGAAAGAAAAGUUAAAAGGUGAAAAGGCCCAGCGUCUAAAUUUGAUUGGUGAAAAACUUUUGUGGUUCCAAAGCCAGCUGGACCCUGACAAAUCAGAAUUCACUAAACAUGAUGCUUGUGAAAUAAUUGAGAGGUACCUUCACCGGUUUAACGGCGAGCUGGAGCAAAUUGAGUUGGCGAACAGUAUCAAAGGACGACAGGGUCGUCAGCAUGGCUCUAGAGAGGCUGUCAUCAAACAAACAAUAGAGCGAGAGAGAGCUCAGUAUGAAAGCAUCGGCUUUGAAAUCCCUGAUAUCAUCAAUUGUAAGCAUCUGAAAAUAUUUAGAGAGUGGACCGGUGACCUCAAGAAACUCCCCAACAUUAAAAUGAGAAAGGUUUCAGCCAAAGGCUCUGACAGCGCACCGUCUGCAGUUUCACAAGAUAAACACAUGGGAGAGGAGAAUAAGGAAGACUCGUCUCUGAAUUCUGACACAGACCUAUAGCACUGUGAAAUCCUGCAGCUCUACUACAGUAAAGUUUACUGUAGAGGAAAAGGACCAGAGUGAAUUGGCCGCUUGCAAAAAUGUGUUGUUGUAAGGAAGGAGGUUACUUAGUCACUCAGGUAACACAGUAUUAUUAAUCCAUAAAUAAAAAGAGACUUUGAAACCGUUUGAUACAUUCA